AUGACCCCAACAAGCAAAGCGAGUAAAACAAGCGAGAAACAUUCGUGGAGAUUGUCUCUGAGUCGAAAAUCCAUCGGUCGAGUGCACAGUCCCUUCAGUCUUCAUACACGCUUAGCGAAUGUCUUGGAGGAAGACUAUAAGAACGCAUUCGACCCGAAUGCGAGAGCUAUCAAGGUGUGGGAGCAUUUGCUACUGCUCAGUGUUUUGGUCGAGGCUUUUUUGGUCCCGUACUUCCUGGCGUUCCAGCCUGAGGCUGUAGAAACAGUAUCCACACUUUUUACGGUUUUUAUCGUGUCCGAAGGGAUUUUCGCAGUGGAUUUGUACGUUCAAGCGCAUACUGGAUAUUACUCGGAUGGGAAUCUCAUUCGAGACAACAAACUCACGGUUCGUAGCUACGUUUUCUCCUUCCAGUUUGUGUUGGAUAUUCUCGCGAUUUUACCAUACCAAUUAUUCGUGAUAAUUUACCCGAAAUUAGUGGCAAAAUUGCUGCUUUUGAAGCUGCUCCGCUGGUCCAGAAUCCCGCAUUUUGUGUCGAGUCUGGACAAAUUUUACGCCAAAUAUUUCGUUGCUUUAAAGCUGCUCAAGGUACUGGCAUCUACUGUAUAUUUGGCUCACGUACAGGCUUGUAUCCGGUUCACUUUUCACCACUACGAGAUUAUUGAGAGCUCGAGUCACAGUCAUUCUCUGCAUAGUCAGUAUUUGGCGUCGAUGUUCUGGAGCGUGGGGAUCAUGACGGGAUUAUUCGAGGGAGAACUACCGCACCACAGUAUCGAGUUUCUAUUCACUGUUCUGGUAGCUCUGUGUGGAUUUUCCAUGUUUACGACACUCUGCGCGACGAUUUUUGUCAUUUCCAAAUGUGAAAGCGGUCAGACGGAGGCGAUGGAGGCACGGAUUAACCAACUCGUGCAUGUUUUGUCGUUCCAUCGAGUCCAGGAAAACCAACAAACACAGGCCAUUGAAUAUCUAAAGCGUUAUUACACCGAUACGGAAUCUCACGACCGUGAGACGUCGAAAUUAUUGUGCCCUUCGAUCGCUAACGAUAUUCAAGUGGAGCUUUUGAAGGCCACUAUCGCAGAUAUUUCGAUCUUUGAAGGCUGCAAUGACCAGUUCAUCGUGGCCAUGACGAGUUUGCUGGAAAUGGUCGCGUUUCCUGCUCAAACGACAUUAUUUUCCACAGGAGAUGACGGAGACGCCAUGUACGUGGUGCACUCAGGGGUUCUCGCUAUUGUCAUCAAUUCGGUGAUGGUUCGGGAGAUUCGCAAAGGCUCGUGCUUCGGAGAACUCUCGGUCUUCUCUUCCAUGCCUCGUACAGCUACUGUGAUCUCGACGACCUAUGUGAUUUUAUAUAAAUUAUCGAGGUUUCAUUGUGAACGAGUGCUACAAGGCUAUCCAGAAUGUGCUUCUCUCAUUGAACGCCACGUUCAACACUUGCUGGGUCAACUGAGUCAGAGCGCAAAUACACGUGCAUCUUCCUCUUCUGGCUCUUCUGGAUCAGGCGUAAAAUCUGGAGGAAUCCGUCGCGCAUCAGUGGCUUCGGCUUUUGUCAAAGUUUUAUCCAAACGAGGCAGAACAGCUGCAAUAUUCUCAUCCCGAAGGAGUAUUCUAUCUUGGCUUGGAAGAAGAAGCUCAGUCACCCCGGAGUCUGUUGAAAACGAUUCAAACGGAGUGAUGGGCGGGAAUAUGUUUCUUUCACAAAAAUCCAAAAAUGGGCAAGAAUCGCAGAUAAAAGCGUCGAUGAAUCCAUACGACCGUCACGGGCCCAAGGCUGUGCUUAUUCCGGAUUAUUCUGGAUUAUGGCGCUUUAUUCUGCUUCGGAAAUGCAUCGAUCAUCACUCCACAGUGCGCAUGUGGUGGCUGCUUUUACUACUGUUCAAUUUGUAUUACUGUUGGCUUAUGAUUCCUGUCCAAGUGACUUUCCCUCUGUGGCAGCGACCGGGCUGGUUUAUCCAGGUCGUGGAUACUAUCUCAAAUAUUGGAUUAUGGCUGGAUUUACUGCUAAAUUUUAGUUUAUCCUUCACGGUGGAUUCGGAAACUAUAACAAGCACGAAACGGAGUGCACAGCGAUAUCUCUCGAGCAAUUUUGCUCUCGACCUGCUUUGUGCACUUCCCUACGAAUAUCUACACAGGUCGAAGUAUGGACUAUUGCGACUGCCACGAUUAUUGCGGAUAUUUCAUCUGCGAAAACAUCUGACCGAGUUGUCAUAUUUUAUUCCGAGUACUAGCAGACGUCAACUUGUUUUGCUUGGGAUGCUUCUGUUGAUGAUAAUCCACAUCGUCACGUGCAUCCACUUUGGGAUUUCGUAUUUUGAGGGAUUUAAUCCGAACCAUGAAGAAGCAUGGAUAUCUCCAAUUAAUUUGUGUUUGAGCAGAUUAAAUACGACCCACUUGGAAAACUGCAAUGGCACAACAUUCGAUGAAGACUCGGAUUUUCAGGACUUACAAGCGAUCACAUUCCAGCAAUACUCUAGAUCUCUGUACUACGCUGUUGGUGUGCUCGCAUCCCCGGGGAAAAGUGUAGAACCUACCACUGACGUACAAUUAAUAGCGGCGGUCAUUCUUAUGCUGAGCGGAUUUUUGAUCACUGCGAUCGUAGUGGAUAAUGUCAUGAAACGCUUUACAGCUUCGGCGUUCGAGCAAAAGGAAUUCUUCGCAACAAGUACCCGAAUCCAGCUCUUCCUCCAUCGUCAGAAUGCGCCGUUAGAUAUUCACCAUCGCGUCAAAUCUUUCUUGGAUUAUUGGUGGUCGUCUCAUCGCGGUGCUGUAAUUGGCGAGCUUCUUGCCGAUCUUCCACGACCAAUUCGACUCAAUUUGCUGAAAAGUAUCUGCUUACCGGUACUGCAGACUUUAUCCUUACUUCAAAACGUGCGGUCGGUGCAGACUAAGCUGGAAGAAAUUAUGGUGGAGAAUGCCAAGUUUAUUCUGUACGGACAAGGCGAAAUCGUGUACAGACAUGGGGAUUCUGUGGUAGGGGUGUUUUUUCUACUUGAAGGAGAAGUGUACAUGGUGGAAAAGGGUGAAACAUCCCGUGAAAUCCCUCGAGGAGGCUUCUUUGGGACCGCUGUAUUGACACAACAAGAGAGAGGAGAGGGGUAUACGGAGCAUGUGAGCGCCAAUAGUGGGUGUAUCUUAUUAUUGGUGUCUCGAGACCAAUUGCAAGCAAUGGAGACGAUUUUCCCGACGCUUAAGGAGGAAUUUCUCGCGCUGGAACAGCGAUUACAAGGGACUAAACUAUCAAGCAUGCAUGCGAUAAAAUCUGUUUCCAAAGAAAGCGGGAAUCCGUCGCAAAUACUGCAAAAUCUGAUCAGUGGGUUUAAAGAAUCUAUUAUCGCUGUACACGAUCCGGAUUCUCAGUUUGUCCAGGCAUGGGAAACGUGGGUGUUUGUGGUGAUGACAGCUCAAUGGGCACUGGUUAUGCUUCAAGCCUGUUAUCCAAUGGAAACCAAACACAAAGUCACUGACGCAUUCAUGAUCUUUCUGGAGCUCACAUUCGUUGUGGAUAUUCAAAUCCGUUCUCGACUUGGAUAUUACGAAUUCGGCAAUAAAAUCAUGGACCCAGUACGCAUCAAGAGAAAAUAUUUACGAUCCGGAUCUUUGGUGUUGGAUAUUAUAGCGCUCAUGCCACUUUUCAUCGUCAACUUAGCUUUGCCUUCAGACAAGCGGUGGGAUCUCCUCAAUGUCAACAAAUUACUUCGAUUAUUCAAAGUUCCGAAGCAAUUUCACGCGUUGGAGACGAAAUAUCUGAAACACACGACCGAAUUGCGAUUAUUCAAACUGCUGUACUACACGUUCAUGCUUUCGCACUUUCUAGGCUGCAUUUGGUUUAACUUUGCCUCCAGAGCGGCAGUUCCUAGUUUCGUCAGUGCCGAAUCCAGAGAACCAGCUUUUGGAGAAAAUCACUGGCUUCCAUCCGAGCACCUGGAGCACGGCUCUCAUAUUCUCCAGUACAUGGCCUCACUGUAUUGGUCCUUUGGGCUCAUGUCGGCUUCGAGUGAGCCAGAGUUCCCAAAAACCACCGCCCAGUGUUUAUUCAGUGCUUUAACCAUGACGACGGGUUUCUUUUUGAUCGCCUACGUGAUUGGCAAUUUCACGGACAUUAUCGAGCUCAACAGUUCCGAAACCAGAGAAUUUAGCGCCAAAAUGCGCUCCGUACAGAAAAUGUUGGAUCAUUUCCAGAUGCCCGAGGAUCUUCAGCAACGUGUUAAAACGUUUUUACUGUUUAGACGCUAUCAUUCCAUCACACAAGAAGGUAUUUUAGUGCGUUGUCUACCACCGUCUCUGCUCACGGAUAUCCGUUUGGUGCACUUAAAGCCGAUGAUUGAGAAAGUGGAGUUUCUUCGAGGGAUGGAAGGGUCUAUUACGAGAAUGCUGGUCUCUCAGUUCACGCAGGUUUUAAUUUCUCGUGGGGAAUUUAUCUGCAAUUUUGAAGAAUCUGGGAGCGAUAUGUUCUUUAUCUUCGCUGGCGUACUCGAUAUCCUAGUACCUGCACGAAUAGCAAAUCGUCACAGUGGUGCCUUUAAAUCUGUCAUCAGAAAACUCGUUACGAAGCCAAGUGGUGGAUCUGGAGCAUUAGGAAAGCUUCUAAAACCUAGCGGAUCUGGAAAUCUAAAUAAACCAGGACCUGGAACACUAACCCGGACAUCAAAUGUCGGAGGCUCUGGCACAUUAAACCGGGUUAGUCCACUGCUAAAAGACCCUUCUAACGGCGAGUUGCGACAAGAUCAGCUGGUUAAAGUGAACGAAGUAUCUGCUGGAAGAUAUUUUGGAGAAAACGGAUUAUUUACCAACGGGAAACGUAACGCGUAUGUUCAGGCUCAAACAUCAUGCAUCUUGUACCGAUUAUCCCGUGAAUCUAUGGAGCUCGUGUUUGCCAGAUACCCGAAGUGGAAGCAAAAGGUGCUGCGAAUUGCAAAUAUCCGACGUGAACAAGAGCGAUUAUUACAGCUUUCCCAAGACGAACAACGACGUGGCAUGGCUACAAUAACUGGCAUGAUGUUAUCCCGUGCGGAUAUUAUGAACGAAAGGGCAGAGCGCUUGAAAGAGAAGCUGGACCAUGCUCGCUUGAAGCGCAGGAACAGUGAACGCUUUAGUCUCAUCAGCACAACUUUGACAGAUUUCGUGAAACGGUUUAUCCAGAAUCCGCUCGCGGAUUUUAUCGAUGGGAUUAUCCACGGAGUUCCAGUUCAGACAAAGUUCCAUCUGAUGUGGCUGCGAUUCAUGGUAUUCUGCACCAUGUAUGUUGCUAUCAUGAUACCUUACCAAUUAUCUAUGGAUGAUAUGAGCCGAAUGACGGUCGUUGCCACCAGUGUGAACGCAAUAGGACUAUUGUGUGAAGUGGCUUUUAUCCUGGAUAUUUGGUUCAGUUGGCAUGUGCAGGAAUCUCCGACAUCUUUGGAGCUUUACGAACAAAAUCUACGUAGUGUAUACAAGAAACAGCGGAUGUUAUUCGACGUCAUCGCUGCCAUCCCCUUCUACGGCGUCCUGGUCGUAUUCAACUGUCGGCCGUGGAUGAAACUUCUUCGAUGUGUCAAAAUCGUCAACGUCAUGGGGUAUUUGGACGAGAUAAAUCGUCGUAGCGUGGCAGACGAGCUCACCCACUUCUGGCACGUGUGGAUGAUGUACUUGUUAGUUAUCCAUUGGGUUGCUUGCAGCUACUUGGCCGUGGCUACGGAGGUAGGCUUUGGUACAGAAUGGGAGUCCUGGCUUCCGUCUCAAGAGCUGGAAAUCUCGGAUCCUGAAAAUCCAUCCUCAUCCCAAUUAUCUAAACGUUAUCUGCGUGGAUUAUUCUUCGCUACGACAGCAUUUGUGAAGAAAGCUCGCAACAUGAAACCAGAGACUGCAGUGCUGUAUACAUUCCAGAUUACUAUGUCCUUUAUGGGCCUCAUCACCAUGUCCUUCGUCAUCGGAGAACUAGCCAGCCUCUUUAUCUCAUACAUCGGACUCGAAGUGGAUUUCCGCAAAAACCACAUUGCAGUCGAGCUCUACUUGGCACGACUUCGAGUCAGUGGUCGUCUAAAAUCCAGAACGUACGCCUUCAUGACGUCUCUGUGGUCUUCUCACGCGGGCGUUAGCUAUGAUGAACUUCUCGAAGAAAUACCACGUCCUAUUCGUGCUGCUUGUGUGCUCCACGCGUCCAAGGAGCCGCUUGAUUGGUUCGUGAUGAAGGUUUUUACACCUAUUUGUUGGAACGGUAAGAGCGCUAUUGAGGCUUUUACGCUCUCAUUGGCUGAGCAACUGCGCUUCGAAGGAUAUCCUCGAGAUGAGAACGUUGUGGCUGAGGGGAGUAUCGUCCGCGCCAUGUACUUCGUCACAAAAGGACACUUAAACAUGCAGAGUAAUUCUCUACUGGAUCGUCCGGUUGGCCUGGGCGCUGGAAGUUACUUCGGAGAGCGUGGAUUACUUGGAUUUUCUAUCAGUGCGUAUACCGUUCGAACGGUACGUGCGUGCGACUUGUUUUCUCUGAGCUCCGAGGCGUUUAUCAAGGUGCUUAAACAGCAUGAGUUCUCUCGUUUCGCACUGGAUAUUUGCUCCCGUUCGUACAAACAGAUUAAAGAGAAACACGUUGUGGCGUGCUCAGAACACGAGAUGGAAGAGCACUGGGGCGCUGCAUUGCUUCUUAUCGUUCAAGAGAUUUGCAGACACCAACCAGUGACUGCAAGUGGUGAAGAAUCUGCGGAGCAGGUCGGAGAAGAAUCCAUAAAAACGGAUUGUAAGCUCGUGUCGGAGACGGUCGUUAGCAAGCGUGAAAGCUCUGCGGAGCAAGAAGAGAGUAGCACAGGUAACGCAGAAUUACCGGCACAUUUAGAGGCCAUGGCGAAAGCUUUGACGACACCAGAGAAGUGCUUUCAAGCGUUCGCACCUCUUCUUCACAUCUUUUUGGCGACGGAUCCGCUGAAUUGGAACGCAACUUUUUCCGCAACAUCAACCACGUGAGACUCGUUGGAAUAACCGUUAGCAGUCAAUUGCCUGUACUACAAUUAGUUGGAAUAACCGUUAGCAGUCAAU